AGCAAUUUGUAAUUUUUCCAUUGACCUAUUAUUUUGUAGAAUUUCAUAUUCACAUUGUCAUAUAACAAAACAAAGACAGCAGCAUGCAUCUGAAAAAUUAACAAGUACUGAAAAUGUCAAAUUUAUUUUGAAAGGGUAUUUAAGACUGUGUUGGCAAUGUUUCUAUAUAUAUUGGGUUUGAAUACAAAUUGAAACAGUAGUUCUGGUUUGACCUGGAUAAAAGGCUUUCUGUGGGACCAUGCAAUCACUGUGCAAGGCUUUAAUGUCUUUAUUAUUAGUUAAAAUAUCUAUGCGGUAGGCCUGCAUCAGUGGUGGAAUUACUAGUACUGAGAUCCUUUAGCAAACAGCCUACAGUGUAACCUAAAGUUCUGGCAGGUUCAAAAUUACAUAGGUAUUAACAGCAAAAAAGCACUUCAAAUAUAUAGAAGUAUUUUUUAUGCUGGUAAAUAUCCCCUGAGGUGGAACUAUUAACUAUCAUAAACAGUAAUAUAUUGUAGUGAGCCUCGCCAAUGAAUGGGUCAGACCCCGUUCCGGAAGGUUACAAAUAAAUCUGGGGAGUCGUCAGAUGAUUGAUGAUGCAGACCAGAAGAAAAAAGUUCUGCUAUAGCAAUUUGUAGAACUUUUACUUGCCAUUAAAUGUUGAUCCAAUGUUUCUUUUUGGUAAAUAGUGCACACGUUUAAUUAUUUUGCUAAGGGGGCUGGAAAUUAUUUUCAGCUGCACCGUUGUCAGCAGCUAGACGUUUCCAGGAUAUCUUACAAAAUUCUACUGGGAAAACAGAAGAGUCAGUGAUUUGUAGUAGUGCUGUAAUGAAAUCCUGGCAGGAUAUGGGAUAGAGACAAUAAAGGGAGACACUAUUACAAUAUUCAAAAAUCCAAUAAAGUUAAGUUGUAUGGAGAUAGUUAUAGGAAAUAUGACAUUAUAUGAUCUAGACUUACGUUAGGGCAUACAAGACUAAAAAAUACAUUACAUAUUAUUGGUAGGGUGGAAUUUGGUGAAUGUGAGUAUUGUAUAUGUGAGGAAACAGUUGAACAUGUAUUAUUAGAAUAUAGGACGAUUAAUGUAGAAAGAAAUAUUGAAAGGUAGGGUAUUAGAAAUGAGCAGAGAGUUGAGCAUUAAAGGUAUAUUGGAGAAAGGGCAAAACAACAUCAGAUGCAAAGAGAUUUGAUUAAAUAUUUAGAAAUAACUAGGUUGAGAAAUAGAAUAUAAGGCUAACUCAUAAAGUAUUACAGACUCUGGUGCAGUAGGUGGCGGCAUGCACCUUUUACGUUGGCCUGUAGGCAGCCAUUAACACUCAAGAAGAAGGGAAAUAAGUUUUAGAGUGUGAACGGGAGUUUACAUGUUUCCAUGUGCCUACGUAGGCUUUCUCUGGUGCUCAUCCGGUUUCCUGCCACAGUCCAAAUACAUGCAGGAGAUGUUAAAUAACGACUUUAAGAUGCCCUAUCUAUUCCAGGAUGUACCACUCACCCAGUGUCGGCUGGGAGUGGCUGCAGACCCCCCGCGACCCUUCGAAUGAUUAAGUAAUACGUUUGGAUGGAUGGAUUGACCUCUGUGACCCUCUGACGUGUCUGCGCUCCUCCUCUAGCAGGAUGUUUAAAGAACCGUCCUGGCUCUGCAGUGACAGCUGCUUGAACUUUGGACCAAAUACGCGCCGGUUACGUAUCAGAGUGGCAAGAAACCAUGGCUGCACCUCCUGUUAUCAUAUGGGAGCAUGAGGUCGAGCGCCUGUUGCACUACAGAGAGCUGGUCCCUCGUCUGGAGGAAGCCUUGGGAAAAUUCUCCAGACGAGACAGCGCUGAGGUGAUCCAGCCUGUGCGCAACAUCGUGCCACUGCAAAAACAGAAUGGGUUCUUGGCACUGAUGCCUGCAUACAUGGAGAAUGAUGGAGUCCUGUGCACAAAGUUAGUGUGUUUCUACAAAAGGGAGGAUGGUUCCACCUUGCCAGCUGUUCAAGCCACAGUGGUGCUGCUGGAUCCAGAGUAUGGGAAUGUCAAGGCUGUUAUAGGCGGAGAGGUCAUCACAGACAUGAGGACAGCAGCUGUCUCUGCAAUCUCUGCUAAGCUGCUGAUGCGUCCUGAAGCUGAGGUGCUGGCCAUCCUGGGGACCGGCAAACAGGCCCUCAGUCAUUACAGGGUCUUCACUGAAAUGUUUUCAUUUAAAGAGGUGCGUGUGUGGAGCCGUACAAGAGAGGGAGUGGCGCGGUUCAGGCACUCUGUCAGCAGUCCGGUAACAGCAUGCGUCUCAGCGGAGGAGGCCGUGAGGGGAGCAGAUGUCAUAGUGACAGUAACGAGAAGUACAGAGCCAGUGCUGUUUGGUCGCUGGGUCAAACCAGGAGCCCAUGUGGCAGCAGUGGGUGCUUGCAGGCCAAACUGGCGGGAGCUGGACGACGGGUUGAUGAAGGAGGCGGUGGUAUAUGUUGACAGCAGGGAGGGAGCAAUGAGCGAGUCUGGUGACGUCAUCCUUUCUGGGGCAGAAGUGUUUGCAGAGCUUGGAGAUGUUAUUAACGGAACUAAACCUGCUCACAGAGAGAAAAAGACUGUGUUCAAAUCCCUUGGAAUGGGAGUUCAAGAUGCAGUGUCUGCUAAACUGGUACUUGACCAGUGGAAAGCCAAAGCCUGCCAACCAUGAUGUGGCCAUGCGUUUCAGUCUUUACCUUGCUAUCUGACUUUUAUGGCACAGUGACUAAUCAAGAUGGCGGCAGUAAAGGACAAGGCCACUCCUGUAUAACCUUACCAAGCAGCCUGUCAAAAAUAUUAUAACGUACAGAUCUCGCCACAGAGCUGGAUAUUUAAUGAUGAAAUAAUUAGUUGAUCAAUCAUAUAGUUAAUCAACAGAAAACCAAUCACCAAUAAUUUUCAAUGACUUUAUUCGCUUAAAAAAAGGAAAUAAGCAGACUGGGUGAAAAUGAAACCACAUUUAGCAAGACAUUAAAAUCCAGGUUUGUACUCCAUCUGCUCCACUGAAACACAAGAGCACUCAUGCACUUUGAUCAUUGCUCAUUUCAAAAUACAUUUUGUCUGCUGAAUAGGUAUUGCUCAAGGUCAUAUUGUACAAUGAAGACAUUAAAAUCAGUUUCAACUUUUAUGUGCUAAUAACUGGCUCACAGACCUCAUAAAA